GGGAGCGUGCUCUGUGUGGCCGCCGCCGCCAUGUUGUUGUGGUUGUGAGAAGGCGGCGGCAGCGGCGGUGGCGGAGGCAGCCGGUCGAGACGCUCCAGCAGCCCAGGCCCUGCCCCCCGCCGGCCCUGGCUGGGAGCCUUGUGGGGUGGCGGAGGAGGCCGUUCCGUGACGGGCCUCGCCAUGUCCUGCCGCCCGAUUUUCUUGUGAAACCUUGCUGUAGAAAAAGUUCUUGGGACAGACUUCAUUUGAUCCAGGCAUAAAGGAAAGAAAAGCCUUGCCAAGAUAUAGAAGAAAGGACGGGGAUCUCUCCUCCUAAUCUGGGCCUCCUGUCAUGGAUGAAGAGACUCGGCACAGCCUUGAGUGCAUCCAGGCCAAUCAGAUCUUUCCCAGGAAGCAGCUGAUCCGGGAGGAUGAGAAUCUUCAGGUUCCUUUCCUUGAACUUCAUGGAGAAAGCACAGAAUAUGUGGGCCGUGCUGAGGAUGCCAUCAUUGCCCUUUCUAAUUACAGACUUCACAUCAAGUUCAAGGAGUCUCUGGUUAAUACCGCCUCUCAAUCUGCUGCUUCUGCAAUCCCAGUUCCAUUACAGCUUAUAGAAAGUGUUGAAUGCCGAGAUAUAUUUCAGCUUCAUUUGACUUGCAAAGACUGCAAAGUUAUCAGGUGUCAGUUCUCAACCUUUGAGCAGUGUCAAGAGUGGCUGAAGAGACUGAACAAUGCAAUCCGACCACCUGCUAAAAUAGAAGAUCUCUUCUCAUUUGCAUACCACGCUUGGUGCAUGGAGGUCUACGCCAGUGAAAAAGAGCAACAUGGAGACCUGUGCAGGCCAGGGGAGCACGUAACAUCAAGGUUUAAAAACGAAGUGGAGCGGAUGGGUUUUGAUAUGAACAACGCCUGGAGGAUUUCCAACAUCAAUGAAAAGUACAAGCUGUGUGGUAGCUAUCCACAGGAGCUCAUAGUGCCUGCUUGGAUCACUGACAAAGAACUAGAAAGUGUCGCAAGCUUCAGGUCCUGGAAGCGCAUCCCGGCCGUCGUCUACAGGCACCAGAGCAAUGGAGCUGUCAUUGCCCGCUGUGGACAGCCGGAGGUCAGCUGGUGGGGCUGGCGAAAUGCUGAUGAUGAGCACCUGGUGCAGUCAGUAGCCAAAGCUUGUGCCUCCGACUCCCGAUCCAGUGGCAGCAAGCUGUCAACUAGGAACAGUCCCCGAGACUUCUCCAGUGCAGGAGACCUUUCUGAUGUGGAGUUUGAUUCUUCUCUGUCAAAUGCUUCAGGAGCAGAGAGUUUAGCUGUCCAACCACAGAAGCUUUUGAUCUUGGAUGCACGCUCCUAUGCAGCAGCUGUGGCGAACCGAGCCAAAGGAGGAGGCUGUGAAUGCCCAGAGUAUUACCCGAACUGUGAAGUUGUUUUUAUGGGGAUGGCAAAUAUUCAUUCAAUUCGGAGGAGUUUUCAGUCUCUGCGAUUGCUGUGCACACAGAUGCCAGAUCCGGGAAAUUGGCUCUCAGCUCUUGAAAGUACAAAAUGGCUCCAUCACCUGUCUGUGCUUCUGAAGUCAGCACUUCUGGUAGUGCAUGCUGUGGAUCGUGAUCAACGACCAGUGCUAGCACACUGCUCGGAUGGCUGGGACCGCACCCCGCAGAUUGUGGCAUUGGCUAAGCUCUUGCUGGACCCUUAUUACCGAACCAUAGAGGGUUUCCAGGUCCUCGUGGAGAUGGAGUGGCUGGAUUUUGGCCACAAGUUUGCUGACCGGUGUGGUCAUGGGGAGAACUCGGAUGAUCUGAACGAGCGUUGCCCAGUGUUUUUACAGUGGCUUGACUGUGUUCAUCAGCUUCAGAGGCAAUUUCCGUGCUCUUUUGAGUUCAAUGAAGCAUUCCUUGUGAAACUGGUGCAGCAUACCUAUUCCUGCCUGUUUGGAACAUUCCUGUGCAACAACGCCAAGGAGAGAGGGGAAAAACAUACUCAGGAACGGACAUGUUCUGUGUGGUCGCUGCUUCGGGCGGGCAACAAGGCUUUCAAAAACCUACUGUAUUCCUCUCAGUCAGAAGCCGUGCUGUACCCUGUGUGCCAUGUGCGUAACCUGAUGCUGUGGAGUGCAGUGUACCUGCCCUGCCCAUCCCCGUCCACCCCUGUGGACGACAGCUGUGCACCAUACCCAGCCCCUGGCACCAGCCCUGAUGAUCCACCUCUGAGUCGGCUACCAAAGACUAGAUCAUUUGACAAUCUGACCACAGCCUGCGAGAACACAGUGCCUCUAGCCAGCCGGCGCAGCAGUGACCCAAGCCUGAAUGAGAAGUGGCAGGAGCACCGUCGCUCGCUGGAACUGAGCACUCUGGCUGGUCCUGGAGAGGAGCUUCUGGAUCCUGACAGCCUGGGGAAGCCAGCCAAAGUGCUGGGUGGCGCCGAGCUGUCUGUUGCAGCUGGAGUAGCUGAGGGGCAGAUGGAGAAUAUCCUGCAAGAGGCCACCAAAGAGGAGAGUGGGGUAGAGGAGCCUGCCCAUAGGGGGAUGCAGGAGGUCAAAGAGGAGGCUCUUUUAGAAGAGGGAAGCAGGGGGAAGACCCCUGAGUGCCCAACCAUUGUGCUUCAUCAAGAGCCAGAACUGGGUGAUGCUGCUCUAAGGAGCCAUCCAGGCACCAGCCUUCUUGUGCCCUCACAGGGCAUUCCUGAGCAGCAGGGUGGGCAUAGUAUUCUCCCCAGUUCUCUCCAGGAGCCCCCCCGGGGAGAGGAUGCCCAGGAGGUCCUUGUGGAACAGUCUCGAAUAGGAGCUAUCACACAGGACAGGGAGGAGGCAGUCUUUCCAAUCUCAGUAGAUGUAAAAGUUGGCUCUGGUACCUCACAGUCAAGUUCUCUGCCCUCCCAAGUUUCAUUUGAGACCAGAGGACCAAACGUGGAUAGUUCCAUGGACAUGUUAGUGGAAGAUAAAGUGAAGUCAGAAAGUGGUCCCCAAGGCCAUGAGAGACCUUGCUUACCUGCCAGGGUAAGCAGUGGCAGGUUCAGUGGCAAGGAGGAGCUUCCUCAAGCCAUGGAGCCCAGGCCUUCAGAGAGGAGCCUGGCUGAGAGGCCCCAAGUGGGAUCUCUGGUGUAUAGGACUUCCCCCAGCAGCACCCAGAGCCCAGCGCAUUCUCCUUGUGCCUUGCCUUUAGCCGAAUGUAAAGAGGGGCUUGUGUGCAAUGGUGCUCCAGAGACUGAAAAUAAGGCCUCAGAGCAGCUGCCAGGGCGUAGUACCCUCCAGAAGUACCCUACCCCCAAUGGGCACUGCGCCAAUGGGGAGACUGGCAGGAGCAAGGACUCACUGAGCCGCCAGCUGUCUGCCACAAGCUGCAGCUCUGCCCACUUACACUCGAGGAACUUGCACCACAAGUGGCUGCACAGCCACUCGGGGAGGGCGUCUGCAACUGGCAGCCCUGACCAGCCUUCCCGCAGCCACCUGGAUGACGACGGCAUGCCUGUGUACACGGACACUAUCCAACAGCGCCUGCGUCAGAUUGAGUCAGGCCACCAGCAGGAAGUGGAGACCUUGAAGAAACAAGUCCAGGAGCUGAGGAGUCGCCUGGAGAGCCAGUACCUGACCAGCUCCCUACGCUUCAAUGGGGACUUUGGGGAUGAAGUGAGUCCUUCAGAGAAAGGAGGACAUGCCCAAAGCACUCAGUUUCAACACACACAUACUUCAAUUCCUGACUCGGAAAGCAUUCUGGAUCAGAACUGUUUGUCUCGCUGCAGCACAGAGAUUUUCUCUGAAGCCAGCUGGGAGCAGGUGGAUAAACAGGACACGGAGAUGACCCGUUGGCUCCCUGACCACCUGGCCGCCCACUGCUAUGCAUGCGACAGCGCCUUCUGGCUUGCCAGCAGGAAGCACCACUGCAGGGACAUUGACCGUGUUGAUCAAACGUGGAAUUGUGGGAACGUAUUCUGCUCCAGUUGUUGUAACCAGAAGGUUCCAGUUCCCAGCCAACAGCUCUUUGAACCUAGUCGAGUGUGCAAGUCUUGCUAUAGCAGCCUGCAUCCCACAAGCUCCAGCAUUGACCUUGAACUGGAUAAGCCCAUUGCUGCCACUUCAAACUGAAGCUCAGUGACCUGGGGCAGGCAGAGGCCAAGCUGCUGUUCCUCUGACAGGCCCACAACAGCCUGGGCAGACUGAGAGGCCCAUGCACUUUGGAAUGGGGACAUGGAAUCAACUGUGCAGAGUGAUGGAAAUUUGGGAUGUACCACUGGAUUGUAGAUUGAUCUCUCCCUUCCCAACCCACCCCCGCAUUUUUUUUCCUCUCCAUUUUCUAUCUUCCCCCUGCCUCCAAAAAUGAGACAAGUACCCUGUUUGUCUUUUUUUUUUGGGGGGGGGUGGAAGACCAGAGGUUGCUAGGCCCCCUAAUUGUUGAGCUGACUGCUGUCAGGCGAUGCUGAGGGAUGGCUUAGUUCCUCAGGAUGGGAGGAGGCUGGUUGAGUCAGGAGUGGAGGCCUGAGAGAGAGAGCAGGGAAUAAAGCCAGUGCUGAUGUUUGUGACCAUUCCUCGUAUCACUGCCACAUCAGAGCUGACUGGAUUGGAAAAACCUUUGCUGCUGAGGAUGCCGAAAUUACCUGCUCUAAGAGCAGUGCCCCAGGUGCCCUCUCCCUUCCCAGAGGGACUGGGCUAGUCCCACCCCACAGGCAGAUAAAUGGGAUUGGGGUUUGGGGGGAGGGGCACAGGCACAUAGUAAGUGGGACCCCUUAGGCACCCCCACCCCAUUUGGGGAAAGAAGGGGUGUACUCGUGAGGCAGGAAGAGGGCUGGGAAUGGGUGGCUGGCAUAUUCUCCCCUAUGGGAUUCUCUUUUUAACUUGACCCAGAUUGUCUAGGGCUCCCCUCACUGUCAACAGUCUGCCCCCCUCAGCCAGGCUGUAUGUGGCGCUUUCCACCCUCAGGCAUAGGGUGCAGACUGGCCAGAGUGCAGUAUCCUGCUGCCAUGGUCAAGGCCAAAGUAUGCCCUGAGCCUGGAAGCCCCUUUCAGGGCCUGGUCCCCCAAACAAUCUCUCUUCCUCAUCUAGCACAGGGAAAUCCAGACUCAGGGUUCCAAAAAUUCCCCACUCCCAAACCAAUCAUGGAUCUCCCCCAUUAGGGGUAGAAUCAGCCUUUCAGAGUGCAGUGUCUGGAGAAGGGAGCAUGUCCCAUAGACUCAGCCUUCCUCCGCCUCCCCUUCUGGAGCAGUGGGAAGGGCCCAGUGGUCCCACUGCCCUGCUCCUGUGCUGCUGGUCAGCAGUGAGGGGCCACUUGGUGACUCUGCAGGGCUCCUUAUAGAAGUGACAAAGCCCGUAGGAGAUGCAAGGCACCUUUCCUUAGUAAGCUUUGAUGGGGUCCAAAAAGAGCCUUAAAUCAAGAAUAUUUGUGGUGGAGGUGGGUAUGGAGAAGAGUGGAGAGCAGUUUAGGUUUUUGCUUUGUGAUCUUGGCAGCCAUGUUUUGUGCCUGCCCUCCCUCUCGGGGGAAGGGCCAUGCUUGGCUCUGCUAAAAGCUGCUAACUGGUAACAGGGCGGAUUGUGGUGGGCAGUGGGGGUGAGGCCUAAGAAUACUCUCCUGACCCUCUGGAAGCAAUUCCCUGGCUAAGGGCAAGUUGUCUCUCAGGAAGGUGGCUCCUGUGUGUGCCUGGGUGUAGAUAAGACGUGGCCCAGAAGCCUUCCCUGGAGCUGUCAGUCCAGGCAAAGCCAAGAGCAUCUGAGUGCGUCUCUGACUUCCCAGUGGCAGGAGGUUGCUCAGAAUCUGAACUUAGUGAAACAGGGUGUUCGCACUCUAUGUUGUCUGGCCUUGCAGGUAGGGAGAAGUCAGUCUAACUGAAGAUUGUGCAGGUCCUAGUGACAGGUGCCAAGAGGUUACGAUACGGGUUUCUUGGGUCUGAUGUACAGUGUGAAUAAAUGCUUGCAGCUCUUAGCCCUUUUUUGAUCAAUGAAGCACUUUUUUAUUAAUAUUUUUCUUUGUAUGUAAAGGAGGAACCGUAACUCUCCGUAGCUGUAUAUAUAACCCUUUUCUCCUAAAGAGGAGUUGGUCAGUGCUCCUAUAUUUUUCAUUUUUUGUCAAAGCAAGAAGUAAAUACUUUAGAACUGUUAAAUAUAUAAAUAAAGUGAAUAAAGUUUAGUGUUCGCAUGGUAGCAUUUGCUAACACGUUCUAAUUCUUUUCCCUGUGGUUUAUUCCCCUUCAACCCAUUUCCCUCUUACACAGAAGCAAUUCGAAGUGCUGCUGAGAAAGUUAACUUUGGCAAAGGAAAACUACUGAUUUCUUUUCAACUUUGGACCUUGGCAAGGAGCCGGACCACAACACCCACAUACUGCAACACAUUUCCUCGAUGGUUUUUGCCACUAACAUCUCCAAAGCUAAAAAGGCAAAGCAGUCUGACACCUUAACAAUCAGCUGUUCUUCCUUAUCUGAAGAACUGAGUAUCAACAGUAAUUAAAACUACCUCUGUCCUCCAGGCUCACCUUUUUUUUUUUUUUUUUUUUCUGUUGCUUUGAUUUUAGCCAGUGCUCUGGCCCCUUAACCCCAACGCAGGGAGCAACAGCUGCACCUGUAGCAGCAGGUAAGCACUGAGGCAUGUGUGCAGUGGAGACUGAAAGGAGGUUUUUCGGGGAGGGUAGCUAGAAAGUGCCUCUGCUCUGCUGUCUUGGAUGAGAGAAUUACGGGUGGGCAGAGAGACCUUGGGCAGAAACUGAAUUGGAUGUGAGUGGAUUGUGUGCCUAACUAGAGGUCUCCUUCCUCCUCCCACACAGAGGGAGGAACCUCUGCUCCUUAGAUCUGCAACCAGCCGAGAAGGCCGUAGUUUCUAGUCACUUCGGACUAGUUCUUGUUCUUCGCUGAGGUGGAUUUUCUUUCCUGUGUCACUCUUGGGCACCCUUCCCAUCCUGUGGGCCUGUGGGGGACGUAACGUUAUGCAGUUCUUCCUGAGGGAAGGUAGGUACUGAGUAACGCCCAGCUCUGGGGUUGCCAACCUCACAUCUGUGGUGAGUUGGGGGCUCUGAUGAGUGACCUGCUCUGAGCUACCGGAGAGCCUUCCAAGGUCACUUUCUGGAUGUACUCAUUUCCUAAAGUACACACUCACUUAAAAACAGCUCAGCUGGUUCUAGUCUGAGCUGUGUGUGCCAUCUGGCAGGUGUUUGAGAACUAACUUGUCCUCUGGGAGGAGAAGGUGCCACUUCAGCUGCCUUCAGUCCAUCUGGGAGCCAAGUCUAUGCUCAGACCAAUCUGUAAAAACCUGAGUUGUGUCAUAGCCAAUGUGUGUCUGUACAGAGCUCCUGUUGUGCCUGGGGACUAAUGCUUAGCCCUUGGCAAGUUAAAAACACUUGUAGAAUCUAGCAAGGCUGUUGGGUCCAUAGAGGGGGAGUUACUGGCGUUAGGGAAGAUGAAGAGCCAGGUGCUGGUGAGACCUACACAGCGUGAAUUAAGGCAAGGAACUGCCCUGUGGAAGAGGGCAGUAUGUGAAGAAAAGCUGUUAUCCGAGGACACAGCCAGAUGUCUUCGGGCUGUCACAUGGAGGUAUUUGGUCUAAGCAGUGGAGUACUAAUGGUGACCUUGAGAUGCCAGGAUGUCCUCUUCAUCUCUGAAUUUUUCCCUUCUUUCUGUACUUUGGUGUCCUUAAUCCCAGUCCAAAAAAAUGAUAGGACUGCCUUAAUCCACUGAGACUUUCUAGUAAAGGUGUAAGUUUUUUCUUUAUUUUGCUAAUAUGCUCAUUGUUCAUUUUUAUGUUAGCAGAGAAUAAUAUUCUAAGAAUUAAAAAGGUACUGUGGGGCUUCCCUGGUGGCGCAGUGGUUGGGGGUACACCUGCCAAUGCAGGGGACACGGGUUCA